CUGACUUCGGAUCAGAAGGUCGUGGGUUCGACUCCCACUGUGGUCGUUCCUUUCUUUUCGGUAUUGUUUUGGUCCGAUGACCCAAAUGUUAGGGUUUGGGCUUGGGCUUAAAAUUCAAAUCUUGUCUGCAUCGCUAUCACUCCGGUUUUCACUUCCUCGGAAUUGAAUCGGUUUCAUUCUUCCAAACCAGGGUUUUUGAGCUCUGGUUUAACUUACUGCUAAAAUUCAUAGCGAAACGCUCGACUCGAGAGUGAGAUAAAUGGCUUCAACAGGGCAACCGUUGUCACUUAAAAGAAGAGAUGCGCCAUUAACGAGAGAAGGAGAUCAACUUACUAUAACCCCUUUAGGCGCUGGCAAUGAAGUUGGUCGUUCUUGUGUUUACAUGUCUUACAAAAGCAAAACGAUACUGUUUGAUUGUGGAAUUCAUCCUGCUUACUCGGGUAUGGCUGCGUUGCCGUAUUUCGAUGAGAUUGAUCCUUCAACAAUUGAUGUCCUUCUUAUCACCCACUUUCACUUGGAUCAUGCUGCGUCUCUGCCGUAUUUUCUAGAGAAGACCACAUUCAGAGGUCGAGUUUUCAUGACUCAUGCGACAAAAGCUAUUUAUAAGCUCCUUUUGACUGAUUAUGUUAAAGUGAGCAAAGUUUCAAUUGAAGAUAUGCUAUUUGAUGAACAAGACAUCAACCGCUCCAUGGAUAAAAUUGAGGUUAUUGAUUUCCACCAAACUGUGGAAGUUAAUGGCAUUAAGUUCUGGUGCUAUACUGCUGGGCAUGUUCUUGGUGCCGCCAUGUUUAUGGUUGACAUUGCUGGUGUUCGAGUCCUCUAUACUGGAGACUAUUCUCGUGAAGAAGAUCGUCAUCUUCGUGCUGCUGAGCUCCCUCAGUUCUCUCCUGAUAUAUGUAUAAUUGAAUCCACUUAUGGCGUCCAGCUCCAUCAACCACGACACAUUCGCGAGAAGCGAUUCACUGAUGUUAUCCAUUCUACUAUUUCUCAAGGGGGUCGUGUUCUAAUCCCGGCAUUUGCCCUUGGUCGUGCCCAAGAACUUCUAUUGAUCCUUGAUGAGUAUUGGUCAAACCACCCUGAGCUUCAUAACAUUCCAAUAUAUUAUGCUUCUCCACUUGCAAAAAAGUGUAUGGCUGUUUAUCAAACAUACAUACUUUCCAUGAAUGAGAGAAUUCGCAGCCAGUUUGCUAACUCAAACCCCUUCAAGUUCAAGCACAUUUCUCCAUUAAAUAGCAUUGAGGAUUUUAGUGAUGUAGGUCCAUCUGUUGUAAUGGCAAGUCCUAGUGGACUUCAGAGUGGGCUGUCACGCCAACUCUUCGAUAUGUGGUGUUCUGAUAAGAAAAAUUCUUGUGUUAUACCUGGUUAUGUCGUCGAAGGGACACUGGCAAAAACAAUUAUUAAUGAACCAAAGGAAGUCACACUCAUGAAUGGUCUCACUGCUCCUCUUAACAUGCAGGUUCAUUACAUUUCAUUCUCUGCCCAUGCGGACUACGCACAGACGAGUACAUUUUUGAAAGAGCUGAUGCCUCCCAAUAUAAUUCUUGUUCAUGGAGAAGCAAAUGAGAUGGGAAGACUCAAACAGAAGCUUAUCACGGAGUUUACUGAUGGCAACACCAAAAUCAUUACCCCUAAGAAUUGUCAGUCUGUGGAGAUGUAUUUUAACUCUGAGAAAAUGGCUAAGACUAUUGGAAGAUUGGCUGAAAAAGCCCCGGAAGUUGGUGAAACUGUCAGUGGUGUUCUGGUAAAGAAAGGCUUCACAUACCAGAUAAUGGCUCCCGAUGAUCUUCAUAUCUUCUCACAGCUAUCAACAGCAAAUAUCACUCAGAGGAUUACUAUCCCAUUUGCUGGUGCUUUUGGUGUGAUAAAGCAUCGACUUGAGCAGAUAUAUGAGAGUGUGGAAUCUUCAACAGAUGAAGAAUCUGCGGUUCCAACAUUGCAAGUGCAUGAUAGAGUGACUGUGAAGCAGGAUUCUGAUAAACAUAUCUCAUUGCAUUGGACAUCAGACCCCAUAGGUGACAUGGUGUCAGAUUCCAUUGUGGCUUUAGUUCUGAACAUUAGCCGGGAGAUCCCUAAGGUAGUAGUUGAAUCUGAGGCUGAAAAGACUGAAGAAGAAAAUGGGAAGAAGGCAGAAAAAGUUAUUUUUGCACUCCUAGUUUCACUCUUUGGGGAUGUCAAAUUAGGAGAAAAUGGAAAGCUUAUGAUAAGUGUUGAUGGAAAUGUGGCUCAUCUUGAUAAACAGAGUGGGGAUGUUGAGAGUGAAAACAAAGGUUUAAAGGAGAGAGUAAAGACGGCUUUUCGACGAAUUCAAAGUGCAGUAAAGCCGAUCCCUUUCUCUGCACCUUAGGUUUCUCCAUUAUCUUUUGAUUUAUUAAUUCCUUGUUAAUGUGCUUGACUUUUGGGAUAAAUUUUGGAUUUGCCAAUAAUGCAAGGUAUAUUUAAGUUGUUUACCAUACUUAUUACCAAGCAUUAAUUCCUAGGUUGUACCCCUUAGCACUGAAGGAGGUCAUUGUUUUGUAGCUGUUCCAUUUAUAUUAGCUCUGUUGUUAUUCCGCUUCAAUAUUUCAUCGUCACUCUGAUCUGGUAAGAUUCAUGGUUUUCUGUCCUUAAUGUGAAAAAAGGGUAUGCCAAUUAUGCUUGUGGUUAAUCAGAAACCAAUUAUCCCUUAUUGCUAUUUUUCUGAUGAUUAUAGUGUAUUGAACCUCUCGUAUCAAGUUCUAAUAUCCAGUAGUUUACGUAUUUCGAGUGUAUACUAAUUGAAACUUCAAAUGCUAGCUAGUAUUGUCCUUGUUUUCAGCCUCAAUCUGCAAGGUGGCGGUAGCUUUGAUAUUCGAAUUUUUUGUUGUUAAAUUUUGGCUGCUUGCACUUGAACUUGAUUGCAUGAUCUUUUUGAGCUAAUCUCCAACAUGAUAUGGCCAUAGUUUCUUGUUGAUGGAUUAUUUUUAUUGUUGCUGACGACUCGUUUAUAGUUCAAGCA